GCUGGAAAACUGGCGGCCAGCCGGAAAGAUUGCAAGAGGAACCUGGAGAUGCAGAUGGAAAGGGCUCAUCUGAUGGGACAGGAGCAAGUCAAACUGCAUGGGGAUUCGGUGGAAGGGCAGAGCGUGUGGUCAGGGUUCCAAGACACCUGGCUGCAGAGUCCAAGCAAGGCUGCCCUCCCAGAGCAGAGGCGGGGCGUCCGGGUAGCCGUGCAGCAGCUGCAGCAGGAGAAGGGUGGCCUGAGCUGGACGCACGGACAGCCUCAGGCCCUGGAGAUGCUGUUCCAGGAGUGCCAGGCUCUCCAGGCCCAGCUCCGACAGUCUAAGGCAUUGACCCAGGAGCCAGAAAGGGAGGACGCUCUUCAAGCUGAGCGGCACCCGUGGGAGCAGUUGAGGCAAGCAGCGGCUUCUGUCCAUAUGCUGGAAAACAGCCGGGAUCUCUAUAAGAAGAAGUACCGAGCGGCUCUGGGCCGAGUUGGUGAGCUAGAGAGCCAGGUGCUUCGUCUGCAAGAAGAGGUGGUCAAUCUUUGGAGCAGCGGCCAAGCAGCGGGCAGCCUUGGGCAGCUGAGUGCUCGGGAGAUGGGCUGGGCGAUGCAGCUCACAGGCCAGCAAGAGCAGACCAUCCGGGAGCUGCAGGGACAGUUGGCAGCCAGCCACAGGAAGUUGCUGCAGCAAAAGGAAGCCCUGGCCGCCCUGCGCCGAGAGUUUGCAUCCUACAAGUCGACUCACAGCUGCUCCAACGCAAAGCACAGGAAACAGAGGCUCAGCCAGGCGAUGCUCCGUCAGAAGCUCCAGCAGGCAGAAGAGGAGGGUUUGCAGCAGCAGGCGGAGGCCUACCAGGCCCUUGUGCAGGAACUGAAGCUGCAGCUGGCAAGGGAGGCCGAGCAGAACAGCAGCACCUUGAAAGAUCUGGCUCGCCUGGAACUGGCUGUGCAGAGCCUGUGCCAGGAGCCAGCGCCAGAGCAGAGUCGGCAGCUGCAGCACCACGCCUGCCCAGCGCAGGCCCUGCGGGAACAAAGCCACCCUGUGCUGGGUCCACAGAAGGAAUGGGAACCAGACAAGCUCCUUCAAAGGGCUAAUUGCAGCCUCUUCUGGGACCAGGCCCAUCCCUUGAAUGCUGCCUCACGGGAGGCCUCUUGGCCUGGUGGGGCUCCAGUGCUGCAGCCGAGGAGGCCCGAGUGCCCGGAACAGCCCAGGAGGGCGGCACUGGAGGUGGCCCAGGACCAGGCGGUGGAGAGGGACCUGGAGCUUCAGCGCCUUGGGGAUGUUGGCUGCCCGCUGGAGGUUCUCCUUGGAAGAGGCUGCCUAGCUGGAGCAGAGCUGGAGCAGGAAAGCUUCUUGGGAGGAGCCUCUGGCAGAGAACGGCUGAAGGCGCUGAGGGAGAAGCUGAGCAGGUCCAAGCAGCCGCCUUUGCAGGCAGCAUCCAUGCAGGAGUUGGAGAUGCUGCGGCAGCAGUUACAGGAGACCGAGAGGCGAGGGCGGGCCCUGCAGGCCUCCGUGGCGGAGCAGACGGCAGAGCGCCGUUCUCUGCGAGAGCAGCUGACCAAGCAGACGGCUGUUCUGUGGCUGCUGCAGGGACACUUCAGGCAGGCCCGGCUGCAGCUGAAGCACCAGGCAACCGCUAUAGAAUCCUUACGAGUCUCCCUGGAGGCAUCCCACGCCGGCCAUCGCUGGCUGCACCAGGAGAGCGAACUGGUGGUGGCCGAUCUUUGCCAGUGGGUGAAGGAGCAAAAGCAGAUGAAUGAGGAGCUGGGCCGCAAGCUCCGAACGCAGAUCAAGCAAAUUGCCCAGCUGACCGGCGAGAGAGACCUUCUGCAUCAACUAUUAGAGAGGCUGCAAGAGGACAACCGGCGGCUGAAGAACGAAGUCAACGAGAAGCGCGUUGUAUGUGAGCGCAUCAAGGCUCUCCACAACAAUGAUUUGGAGCCACGGGCUGCACUGCAACAACUCUGGCACAUACUCCUGUUGUGAACAAGUGGGCUGCUCCUAUUCCCAUUGCACUCCUCCACUUUUCCAGGGGCCCCAGCCAGAGAAGGCGGCUCAGGAGCAGAGG